AUGUCUGGCGACCACAUGGAGGUCGACGCCGCCGAGGCGAAGCUCAAGGCCAUGGCGCACUCUGAGCAGCAUUACUUCAAGAGACGCUAUGCAGCUACGACCACCACGGUAAGCCUCUUCUUGCAACGUGCGAUCGAUGAGGGGAAGAAAUUGUCUAACGAGAAGGAAUGUGGAACAGGCAUCCACGAGGAGAUGCUGGCAUCUGUGGUGAACCACUCGCUAACCCUGUCUCCUCUGCAGAAAGAUGAGGUCCGCACACGCUCCUACAUGAACGCCAUUGUCCAGAACAAGCACCUGUUCAAGGACAAGGUUGUCCUCGAUGUCGGUUGCGGCACUGCCAUUCUGUCCAUGUUCGCCGUUAAGGCCGGUGCCAAGCACGUUAUUGGUGUCGACAUGUCCACCAUCAUUUUCAAGGCCCGCGAGAUCGUCAAGGUUAACGGCAUGUCCGACAAGAUCACCUUGAUCCAGGGCAAGAUGGAGGAGGUCGAGCUCCCCUUCCCCAAGGUUGACAUCAUCAUCUCUGAGUGGAUGGGCUACUUCUUGCUCUACGAGUCCAUGCUGGACACUGUCCUCUAUGCCCGUGACAGGUAUCUCAACCCUGGCGGUCUCAUCUUCCCCGACAAGGCGACCAUCUUUGUUGCUGGUAUCGAGGAUGGCGACUACAAGGAUGAGAAGAUUGGAUUCUGGGACAACGUGUACGGCUUUGACUAUACGCCGCUCAAGGCCACUGCUCUCGCCGAGCCGCUCGUCGACACCGUCGACAUGAAGGCCGUUGUCACGGACCCCGCCGCCGUUCUCACCCUGGACCUGUACAAGUGCCAGGUUGCCGACCUGGCCUUCGCCACCAACUUCAAGCUGUCUGCCCGCCGCGACGACUUCAUCCACGCCCUCGUGGCCUGGUUUGACAUCGACUUCAGCGCCGCCCACAAGCCAAUCCGCUUCUCCACUGGUCCGCAUACGAAGUACACCCACUGGAAGCAGACUGUCUUCUAUCUGAAGGACGUUCUUACCAUGUCUGCCGGCGAGGAGGUUGAGGCCAGCCUCGAGGUCAAGCCCAAUGAGAAGAACCGCCGCGACCUAGACAUCAAGAUCGCCUACAAGUUCCCGACUGAGGACCCCACCCGUGCCGCUGAGGGCUCUGCCGAAUACAAGAUGUGCUAA